AACUGGGGUCAAGAGACAAAGGGACGAUGCCACCAAAGGCUCGAGUUCCCGUCGCAGAUGCAGUUGCAAUAUUAAAGAAAUACAUCGUACACUUCAAAGAAAGAGACAAAUUCCCCAUUUAUUCGUCUAUCAUAUGGAAAGAGAUCAGCCGGGACUUGGCGAACAAGUGGACGCCACACAACGUGUAUGUGAAUGUUAAGAAUAACCGAAAGAAAAUUUUAUCUAUUGCUUGUGAGGAGCUGGGGAUUGUAUUUCCCGAAGAAAAACAGAAUUUCUCAAUCCACAAAUCGACUCUCGAAGACUCAGAAACUCAAUCAGCUGAUGAGUCAUUCGAGCUAGAUGAAAAAUGGGCUGGUCUUGAUGAGUUCAAAAUUUAUAUAACAGCAAACGAGUGGA